GCAAUAAUACCAGCACUCAGGCCUCACUUAGGUGAUUUCUACUGCCCUAGUCGCCUGCUAUAACGGGAAGACUCUAUCGGCCUUUGAUGCUGUCAAUUCCCACUGCUACGCUUAUUGCGAAGCUUGCGCAGUGCAUAGCCACCUGCCUGCUGAACGUUCUCACCACACCUCUCACGCUUUUGGACCCUCCAGGUUUUUUGUUUGCUUAUCAGCGCCAUCACUGGUAUACUUGCUCCCACGCUCAAGCUUCAACAUGGGUCGCAAGCGUUCUAAACUCUCUACUGUCAGCAAAGUCAAGGAGGCCGUCGUGCAAUCCAGUGGUAAUCUCAAGACUCUGCACUUCAACCUUACAAAGUUGCGAGCUGAUCGCAUUGCGUUUGAGAGGGAGCAGGUCUAGAGUCAGCUAGCUGACAAUGCUACUGCAAGACAGCUCCUUGCUGAGGCAGCGCUUGAGGCGGGCACUGUGAACAAUGCAAGUGCUGACACCCAGUACCCGGAC